CAGACACAAAAUAAAACUAUUUUGCUAUCCAGAAAGAAUACACGAUAAUACAAACUAUUUUUCCUAAUAAAAAAAAGGAGACAGAUACUAAAGGAACAGCGACAUCUUUCAGACUUCUAAGCAUGCAAGCAGGACGAUCAUAACAGUGUUGUGUUGGUACAGUAAGAACUUGGAUUCGAAGUGCACAGUGUAUAAAGUACAGUUAAAACGAAUUAUAAUAACCAAAAGGAAAUUAAAUGAAUAUGUAAUAUGGAAUGUUAGACUAAACAAAGAAAUUGUAUAAAUGAAAUAAUUGAAUUUGAGUGGAAAUUGUUCAAGUUGCUGAGCUGCACGAGAGCAAAGAAAAACCCAAUAAACAUUGACUUGAAAAUUUUCUAUUUACAAAAAACCAAAAAAGCUAUAACAUCUUAUAAAGCACCUGCUUGCGUUAGAUCAAGCCAGCUGUCCACAAAUGCACAAAUCUCGAUAUAUGCAAUACUAAUAGUUGUUGUUAUCGAUAAUAAUAAUAACCAUUAACCGAGUUUUUCGUAUGGUAAUCCAACAACAAAAUCACUUUCCCAUUUUCAAUCUAAUUUUCUAGUAAUUUUGCAUAUUUUUAUAUUUUCUAUCAUACAUUAUAUGAUAUUUUGAAACUAAAAGACUUAUGAGAAAUUAACAUAAAGCAAAUCCAAACAAAAACCGUCCAUUUAUCCAGAUUUAAACUAUAACGUAGGCAGCUCAGCAACUUUAACAAUUUGGGCAAGUUGAUAUGAAGUAGAGGACAAAAGUAAAUACUAAAAAUAUUUAACUAUAUACUGAAUAUAAGUAUGUAUAAAAAGAAUAUACUAAAUAGAGAUGAACAACUGUAAGACAGCAAUAUGAAAAGAUGAAAACCACUUAAAAUCGUGAUUAGCUUAAAUAAUAUAUGCAGAUAUUAAAAAAGUUAACGGAAAAAUUAUAUAUACGAGUAUAUGACAAAUACUAAAAUGCAUGAAAAACAGCAUAACAAAAAAAAAAGAAAAAAAUUCAAAUCAAAUUUGUAUAGUUUAAAACUUAAACUGACUUAAAUAAUAACUCAAAUGCGACAACAAAGAACACAUGCAAUAAUGUUGAAAUUGAAUUACUUUUUAACAUAAACUAUAUAAUAAUAAUAACAUAAUGAAUAAUUAAAAAAUUUCGAGUAAAUUACUUAACAAUCAUUCAAGAACUCAUUCAACCAGACGGAAGACAUACAUUCAAAAUUAAGCUCACCGAAUUGAACAAAUAGCAUUGCAUAUACAUACAUAUAUAUAUUUCUUAUACACAUAUAUACAUACAUAUAUAUAUAUACAUAUACAUGCAUAUAUCAUAUAUCAUUAUUUAACUAAAUCUUUAUAUACAUACAUACUAUAUUCUGUACUUCUAUGUACAUAUAAUUAUGCAUUUACUUUCAUUAACAAAAAUGCCCAAGUUUCCCGCAUACAAAACAUACAUACAUACAUCAAAAAUUCAUGCAUACGUGUACUUCAUACAUAUACUAAAUCCCAUUUACAUCACUUACACUCACACACACAUAUAUAAAAUAUAUAUAUUUACAAAAACAAAAAGAAAAACGAAAACCUAAAUUUAACUCAAAUUCGUCGUCGAAGACCGAAAAUUGUUGAUUUUGUAUCAGAAAAGAUAUACGAAAUGUAAAGAAAAAAAUAAGAUCAUAUUUUUGACAUGACGAAUGAAAUGAAUAUUUAUACUAAGUAAAAUACCAAAAAUUGCUCUGCAUACUAACACAACAACACAAGGAAAACAGCAACAAAAAAACAUAAUAAAUGCUUUAUAAAUAUAAAUACAAUCUAAUACUCAAUGCUGCAUAUUGCCACGCCUACCCUUUACCUUAUCUGAAGCCUAAACCAAAAAAAAAAAAAAAACACAAUCUUUUUGCGCUAACUUGAAUAAACAAAGAUGAAGAGGGCAGAAAUGCCGAGAGUACUCGAGAUAGUAGAUACCCUGUUAUGAAAUCAGAAACAUUUAUUAGCUACUACAGGGUAUCGUCGAGAGCUAACUAACAAAACGAAAUAAUUUUCUUAAAAAACAAAACAUAAUCAGCCACGAACCUACCUAACUCAUUUUAACAGCUUUUUGUAACUCACACGAUGGGGAGCGAAUUUUGUGUUUGAGUUUCGCUAUGAAGCUGAAAUUUGAUAAUUUGAUAUGCAACGUAUACAUAUUUCGAUAUAUAGUAUAUAUAAAGAUAUAUUAUACAAAUCUGAGCAAGCGCUUACUUCAAUCGCGAAUGUUUAAAUUUAUAUUACAAAUAAAUAAAUUUAAUAUUUAUUAAAGAAACAAAAAAAAACCAACAAAAACAAAAAAAAUACAAAAAUUUAGACUAUAACGUUGUGUAAUGUACUACGCUUUAUAUGAUAAUUUUUUCAUUUCCAGAUAUCUGAAAUACUUUAAAUGAUUUAUUUUUGCAAGUGUUUAAGGAAACAAGCUUAAGUUCAAUGCAUCGUGCGCUUUGUUUACGUAUUUAAAUAAGUUGAAAUUGUAUUGUAAAUUUAAUUUAAGCUUGGGAUAAAUGUGUUUAAUGUGAGUGUCUGAAAUGCCAGGCCGCAAGAACCACAAAAAAAGGACAACAACAAACAAAUACGAAAAACAAAACAUAAAACACAAAAAAAAAAAAAUACAAAAACAAAACCAAAUAAGUGCAUCUGUUAUUAGGUUAAAAGAAUUAUUGAUAUUGUUUGCAACAAAAUGUGUGAAAUAUAUAUAAAAUAAUUAUAAAAUCUAGCAUAAAAUAAAACAAACAAAAAACUGACAAAAAAAAAACAAAAACAAAAACAUACAACAAACGUGAACAUGAAGCGAACAAAAAUUGUAAUUGCAAUUUAAAAAUAAAAUUAUAAAUAUUUCAAGUAAUGAAAUCUCGGCUUUGAAUUUGAUACUAAAUUUGGCAAAUAUUUGAAUCCCAGUUCCAUAGGCCUUGUUCCACUGUGCCUUGUCCAUGAUGCACCACAUGAAAAUUACGUCAUUUGCCGCCACAUGUCAUUGUAGCGUAACAGCCAAACAUUGGGGGAGGCAACUCGUAAGGCAAUCAGCUGUUUUUGAGAGAGAGAGAGAGCAACCCAUAAAAGCAAGAUUGAGAGAGAAUCACUGAGAGAAUGACAGCAUAUGCAGUUUAAGGUAAUCAAAUGUCAAGCUUUAAAGGCAAAGCUUUGCGAGAGGACCUGCUGCUUAAAGCUUUUAGUACGAAAAAGCUUCGCGCAAUGCAAGUCCGAAAAGCAAGCAGCGCACCAGAGUCUUCUUACCCCGAGUCGUGUGUUGUCAAUACCGAAAGAAAAUGCGUGCCAGCUGGGCUGCAUGAAAAGGAAAACUUGGUCAUUUCAACAGUUCAGUUCAGUUCAGUUCAGUUCGGGUCGGGUUUGCAAUUCAACAGCACUGCGAAAACGGAUCAAAUAAAAUCAAAAUAUUCGAACGAAUAAUUUACACUCACAACAAUAAGUUACAAAACGGAGUAAUAUCGACUAUAGUAUUCUCUCUAUAUGUGUAGCAUAUAUAUUAUAGACCGUAUAUAUGCCAUUUAUAUGAGAGUUGGCCAAGAGGAACGCAACAACAACAACUGCAUAAUAAAACGUUGCCCAGUUAGCCAGAGGCAAGUGCAGCACGUAAGUUGCAACAAUUUUGGGGCACAAGUAGAAGACACAUUGUAAAAGCGAGCGCAGCGUUGCCAGAUUGCCAACAACAAUAGACCCCAAAGAACAACAACAACAACAACAACAAACUACAUACAAAAACCAAAAAACAAGAAGCAUAAAGCAAGCAAGCAAACUGACGGACGCCAGGUGGCGCUGCUGUUGCGCUGGCAUGCACAAAAAGUGAGAGCAAAGCAGAAGCAAAAUCAACCGAAACAGUUCGUGCCGCUGGAAAUCCUGUCGCUAAUUAGUUGUCGGAACAUGGGCUGCGCCUUUGAAGCAGCCAGAGAGCAGCCCAAGCAAAGAACAAAACAACCAAAUAGAAAUCAAUGUGCUGCCUCAGUAACAACAGCAACAACAGCAAUAGGAAGUACUACAACUACAACAACUACGAACAGAGAAGCAGAGGACAUACAAAUCAAGGAUAACUAUCAACAAAAUCAUAAAACGCAAACAGCGACAGCAAAAGCAAACGGCAAACAUCAAAAAGCGACAGCUCAAGUGCUUUUAGCGACACAGCAACAACAACAGCAGCAGCAACAACAGUUUUGUCAAGUGGCGUUGGAUAACAAGGACGCGUUGGCGACGACACACGAAACAAUCGAAGCAACAACAGCAGCAGCAGCAGCAGCAACGCCAACAAUCGAUAUUGAGGCAACAAACGAUUUGCAAAUAACUUGCACCAAUUGCUACAGUCGAAGCCCAGAGAUUAACAGAGAUGAGCAGCCGCAGCAGCAGCUUCAGCAGCAACAGCGGCGACGUCGUCGCCGGCAUUCAAGGCGUCAAGAUCAUGGGCGUCGCAACAAGGGAUUGCUGGCAACACCAACAACAACAGCAACAACAACAGCAACAACAACAGCAACAAUGGUUGCAGCAGCCACAACAACAGCAACAUUGGCUGGCAUACCCUGUCUGCGGUUGCACGAGAUGUUGUUGCAUGCGCGAGCUGCCUUAGCGACGCCUCGUAACUCGGCAAACGAUGAGCAGCAAGAGCAAAAGCAGAAGGACGUGGUGCAGCAGCAACAGCAACAACAGCAACCAUUAGCCUAUCGGCCGUGGCAAUGUCUGUCGGACAAUGUCGCCAGCGCCGUCGUACCCGCCACCAUGUCAGCCGCCAUUUUAGCCAAUCUGAGCGCCACAUCGGCUGCCGCUUAUCAGUAUCUGGGCCAGCAUUAUAAACAUUAUAGCCAAUCGUUCAGCUUCUAUGCGGCAUCCAGUGUCAUACUGAUGCUCUGCUAUCUGACCACCACAUCCACGGCCGCUGCCACACAAUCGGAGACGGGUGCCCUUGACAAGCAUCCCAUUCAUGGCAUCGAUUGGUCGAAAUUCGAUGAAUCGAGCUCAGAUAAGGAGAUAUUAGAUUUAUUACUCGAGAAAAAACGCUAUGAUAAACGAUUACUGCCGCCUGUAAAUGAUGAAGACUUUUGCUGUGGUUUGCAAUCGCCCGAUAUGGCUACAAAUCAAAAUGCACGGAGACCACACAAUCGCGGCACGCUGACGGUAAAUGUUAAUGUGUUGCUUUUAAGCUUAGCAUCGCCUGAUGAAAGCAGCUUGAAAUAUGAAGUGGAAUUUCUAUUGAAUCAGCAAUGGAACGAUCCACGGCUGCAAUAUGGCAAUAAGUCGCACUAUGAUUUCUUAAAUGCUUUGCAUCAUCAUGACAGCAUCUGGACGCCCGACACGUACUUCAUUAUGCAUGGCGAUUUCAAGGAUCCCAUCAUACCAAUGCAUUUCGCUUUAAGAAUAUUUCGGAACGGGACCAUUACGUACGCAAUGAGGCGUCACUUGAUAUUGUCCUGUCAGGGCAGCCUGCACAUAUUUCCAUUCGAUGAUCCAAAGUGCUCAUUCUCUAUGGAAAGCAUUUCGUAUGAGGAAGCACAAAUCAAGUAUGUUUGGAAGAAUGAUGAGGAUACGCUGCGUAAAAGUCCCUCGUUGACCACACUGAAUGCGUAUUUGAUUAAGAAUCAAACGACGGCCUGUGAUCAAAACAGUUGGCGAGGUAAUUACAGUUGCCUACAGGUCGAGUUGACAUUUACCCGUGAUCGUGCGUAUUAUUUUACAACCGUUUUCAUACCUGGCAUUAUAUUGGUCACCUCGUCGUUUAUCACAUUUUGGCUGGAGUGGAAUGCAGUGCCAGCCCGGGUUAUGAUCGGCGUGACAACAAUGUUGAAUUUCUUCACUACCUCGAACGGUUUCCGCAGCACUCUGCCCGUUGUCUCGAAUCUAACUGCGAUGAAUGUGUGGGACGGCGUCUGCAUGUGCUUCAUUUAUGCCUCACUGCUGGAGUUCGUUUGCGUCAAUUAUGUGGGCCGAAAGCGUCCGCUGCACAACGUCGUCUACCGGCCAGGCGAAAAUCCCGUAACACAGCGUCUUCCAGCGGUACUAAGCAGGAUCGGAGUAAUUCUUGCAAGUCCUUUGGCAAGCGCCAACGCCACACCGGCCAUGGCAAAUACGCCGCUAUCGACGGCUAUGGGCACGGCCGCAUCGACGGCAACGCCGGGCACACCUCGCUGUGCCGUGGACGAGGAUUUCUUUGGCGGCGGCAUGCGGUGGCAGGAGGCGCAUGGUGGCAUCAUCGGUGCAGCCGUGCAAAAUUUGCGGGCACGUUCGAUUAAACGUAAAAAGCGGACGGGAAGCGCAGCUAAAAGCCCGUCAUCAACAUCCAUAUCGCCAGGUGCGAGCAAAAGCGUCGCCCCAAUGCCAGCCGAGCAUAUCUACGAGGAGCCAGCUCCAGCUCCAGCACCAUCCACGAUUGCCACGCGAGUCAAGUUCAAGGAUGAGCAAGAGGAUGAUGCAUCCACCACCUCCACUUCGACGUUGCGACGCUCGAUUGCCACAAGCACGCCAGCGUUGGUGGUGCGUAUCGAACAGGAGGAAGAGGAAACAUUAAAGUCAAACACAGAAUCAGAAGAGGUAGGGGCUGGAGGAGAGCCACAGCCACAACCAUUGCAGCAGUCUAUCGAAAUGACCGAACAUCAAUGUCAAUUGGCAAUGCCAUUAAAGCCGCCACGCAGGAAAUCUUCGCGCUCCAAUUCGCCGAGCAACGCGUUCGCCGCAACGGAUGAGGAGUCAAUGAUGAUGACAACGACGAUGACGACGACGACGUCGACGACCAGAGCAAGGGAAACUGGCGAGAAGCGACGCGAUGCCGGGGCACCCAAUGAAAUUGUGGCAUGCACCACAUGCGGUGGCAGCAACAGCCCGUGUACCCAUUCGGCCAACAACGGCUGUGCCACGGAGACAUGCUUCGUUCAAGUGCGCAAAAAAGAGCCACCGCAUCCGAUUCGUGUGGCAAAGACGAUCGAUGUCAUUGCUAGAAUUACAUUUCCAACAGCUUAUGCCAUAUUUCUGAUAUUCUUUUUUGUACACUACAAAGGAUUUUCGUAAAAUUAAGCUAAAAGCAACCAUUAAAUGCAAAUCAAACAUCCAAAGAGCAUGUGCUUUAAGAAAAUGAAUGCAAAUGAACAAACCAAAAAGAGAAAAAAACAAGCAAACCAAAAACAGCAUAAAGAAUUAUUAAGUAAUAUUAAACUCUAGAGAAAAUCACGCAAAAUGUGAAAAUAAUAUAAUGGAAGAAUGCAGUUUUCUAAGUUCUUAAGGCCUUGCAAAAGUCAUUUAACUUUAAUGUAACAAAGGGAAACACAAAGUAAUUUAAUUAACAAUUAAUACACUAUGAGAAUAAAAUAGCAAGACAAGUGAUAAGAAAGAAAUUAGUUAAAAAUAAUAAUAAUUAAAUAAAUGAGUUGUUAAACGAUUUAAAUUACUUACACAUUUACACACGAAUUAUUUACCAAAUAAGUUGUUAAUAUUUAAAUAUUUACGGGAAUUACAUUUAUGCGAAAUAGAAAAAUACGAAAAGAUUUUCGACUGCCUAUUUUAACAACAAAUAAUAAUUAAAAACAAAAAUUGCUCGACGAAUGCAUAGACAUUUAAAUGAAAACGCAAAUGUUUAGUAUUAAUUAAUAAUACUUGAACAAAUUAUAGAAACGAAAGUUAUGCUGAAAGUAUGUACCAAAAUGAAACACCAUCUAAAACAAAAAAAAAGACCUAGCCUACUUAAAAAAAAUAUGAAAAACAAAA